GCGACUCUGACAAAGGAUGAAUUCAAGCUCUUUGAGCACAAUCCACGAGAUUUAACCAACUCAAGCCCAACCACCACACUCUGAGCGAACAUAUUAGAUUAAUCCACUCCGUCGCCUCAACUCAAACUGUUUUGUUCGCUUUGCCAUUUACCUCAGACUCUAGUGUUCGCGCGAGGGCUUCUCCAAGAUGGAGAGCUUUGAUAACAUCUACCUUGACCUUUCUAAGCAGCCUGGAAAGUGCAAGCUUGCAGAGACGGGGUUGGGAUGGCGACCUGCUGGAGGCGGCGAUACUUUCACCCUUGACAGCAGCAAUAUCGGCGCGGCCCAGUGGAGCAAAGCAGCAAAGGGAUUCGAGUUGAAGAUCUUGUCGCGUUCUUCAGGCGUUAUUCAAAUGGAUGGUUUUGACCAAGAGGACUUCGAGCGGUUGAGCAAAGCAUUCAAAGUAUGGUACGGGAUAAAUGUGGAAAGCAGAGAACACGCGCUUCGAGGCUGGAACUGGGGCAAAGCAGAAUUCACCAAGGCGGAGCUAGCCUUUAAUGUCCAGAAUCGACCCGCGUUCGAAAUUCCUUACUCCGAGAUUUCAAACACGAACCUUGCCGGAAAGAACGAGGUUGCUAUAGAGCUUUCCCUCUCCGCCGACGCAAACGAUUCCAAGCCGGCGGGUAGCACCAAGAACCGUGGUAGAAAGGCGGCUGCCGGACCCGAUGAGCUGGUCGAGAUGCGAUUUUACAUUCCCGGAACGGCGGUCAAGACAGAAAAGGGCAUCAAGGAGGAGAAUGCGGACGAAGAAAACGAAGAAGAAGGUGCGGAGGAAGGAGAGGAGCAGAACGCCGCCAACUUAUUCUAUGAGGUACUCAUGGAAAAGGCGGAGAUUGGAGAUGUGGCCGGAGAUACAUUCGCUACUUUCUUGGAUGUACUUCAUCUCACACCAAGAGGUCGAUUCGAUAUCGAUAUGUACGAGGCCUCAUUCCGUCUACGCGGAAAGACCUACGACUACAAGAUCCAAUAUUCCUCCAUCAAAAAGUUCUUCCUGCUUCCAAAGAACGACGACACUCACACGCUUAUUGUUCUUGGCCUCGAACCUCCAUUGCGCCAAGGCCAGACCCGUUACCCUUUCUUGGUAAUGCAAUUGAAGUUGGAUGACGAGAUCAGUCUUGACCUCAAUAUGACAGAUGAUCUUCUAGGAUCUCGCUACAAGGAUAAGCUAGAAUCCCAUUAUGAAGAACCCAUCCACCAAGUUAUUACGAAGGUCUUCCGUGGGCUAUCAGGCAAGAAGGUCAUCAUGCCCUCAAAAGACUUUGUUAGCCACCACGGACAUAGCGGAGUCAAGUGUUCUAUCAAGGCGAACGAAGGCCUCUUGUACUUCUUGGAUAAGAGCUUGAUCUUCGUUCCCAAACCCGCUACCUAUAUUCAGAUGGAGAAUGUUGCCGUUGUCACCAUGUCUCGUGUUGGCGGAGCUGUCUCGGCCAGCAGAACAUUCGAUAUCACCGUUACCCUGAAGGCUGGCUUAGGAGAACACCAAUUCAGCAAUAUCAACCGCGAGGAGCAACAACCACUAGAGGAAUUCUUCAAGGCAAAGAACAUCCGAAUCAAGAACGAGAUGUCAGACGACACCAACGCCUUGAUCGCAGCCGCCCUAGACAACGACGACAUGAUGUCGAGCGAAGACGAAGGUGUCCGCCCCGACCGCGGCUCAGCUGACGAAGACGAGGAGUCAGUCGACGAGGACUUCCAGGCGGACUCCGAGUCCGACGUUGCAGAGGAGUACGACUCGGCCCACGAGAGUAGCGGCAGCGGCAGUGAUGCUGAAAUGGACGACGCGUCUGACGGCGGCGAUGAUGGAGGAGAUGUAGAUAUGUCCGAGGACGAGAACCGGCCAAAGAAGAAGACGAAGGUUGCGAAAUAAGGGACAGAGUCGUGCCUUGGCUUCUGAAUUGUACUUUAUGAUUUACUAGGGAACUAAUAAAUACAACGAAGCACUGACUUAUUGUCUUAUUGUCAGUCCUAUGCAUUCUUUCGCUCGUACACGAGGACAACUAUCCCUCUUUCCAACUCGGUUCUCAAACACCUCGCAGUUGUCUAGCGAGCGGAGAAAUCACGCUGCAAAGCACCGGACAUGUCACAUCUAGUCGUCUUACUCGCAUGAACCGCCUCUUGAAGACCUGCUAUUGACAAUACUAUUGGGCUUCUCCUGCAUAUGCAUAGAUAGGUCUGAAGGGCACCUUGUAUGAUACUGUACAUAGUCGCUAGUAGUCCGUUCCAAAAUAGAUCAUCAUCAGCA